GCCCUAGAGCAAUGUUAUUUCUAUGAAUAUUUAGUAGUUGUGAUUAUGAUCGAUCGUGUGCUAAUGUAAAAUCAGUUGCUGUUUCUCGCUAUUUCUUGUUCAGCUAAGCUCAUGUCAGUAGUCCAACGCAAGGCAGAGAAUGUUAUGGCUAACUAAAGUGCCAGCGGUAGCCCGUAAGUAAGUUAGAUUCCAGUCAGCUCCAGGACCAAAAGCAAAAAUGUCGUCCCGAAAGAAGGUGCUUCUUAAAGUUAUCAUCCUCGGUGACUCUGGUGUCGGCAAGACGUCUCUUAUGAACCAGUACGUGAACAAGAAAUUCUCGUCACAAUAUAAAGCUACCAUCGGAGCAGAUUUCCUAACAAAGGAAGUUAUGGUCGACAACAAACUUGUCACCAUGCAGAUUUGGGAUACGGCAGGACAGGAACGAUUCCAGUCUCUCGGAGUGGCAUUUUAUCGAGGUGCAGAUUGCUGCGUGCUCGUCUAUGAUGUGACAUCUCCAACGACCUUCAAAAGUCUUGAAAGCUGGCGCGAUGAGUUCCUUAUUCAAGCUUCACCCAGAGACCCCGAGAAUUUCCCCUUCGUCGUCAUUGGAAACAAGAUCGACCUUGAGAACCGGUCUAUCAUGCAGAAGCGCGCACAGUCGUGGUGUCAAUCAAAGAAUAGCAUUCCCUAUUUUGAAACCUCGGCCAAGGAAGCACUUCAUGUCGACGAAGCGUUCGCAACGGUGGCACGGAAUGCCCUCGCUCAGGAAACCGAGGUCGAACUGUACAAUGAAUUCCCUGAUCAAAUUAAACUGUCGCCCGGGCUGUCUGGCGGAGUGCGCCAGGACAACUGUGGAUGCUAGAGUCAUGACCAUAUUAUCAUUAUGGGCGAUGGCCACAUUUGUAAUGCAGGAUAGCUAGGCAAGCGAACGUGGUGAAGGAAAGACACACACAGAAAAAAUUAUCUUUAGAGGCAGCAGCAAUUCGUUUAACGAGUAAUGCAUGGCUGAUAAUUGCGGACAAUACGAUCGCUUGAGGGGAGUAUCGGCCGGUUUGUCGAAAAUAAAUUAGUGCGGCGCGAUUAAGGCAACUUUUCCUUGUUGCGCCCAAAAUCUCGACCCAAGUGAAGCACUCGUGUCAUCGCUUUGUAUAGCUGCUGUUCUAGAGCAUCCUUGCUUCUUUGGCACAUGAAACGCACGGAGAAAUAUAAAAUGUUAUCAAAGCCAUCGAACCUCAAGGCGAGAGCCUGGAAAAACGCUAUAACUUUAUGGUAGGGAAGUUUAUGGGGAAGAAAGCGCCGCUACGUCGUUUGCCGAACCAAAACAGCCCUAUAGAAAGAGAUGGAUGCUAUCCAUGGUAACUGAACGCAUAGACAUUUGAUCAUAUGAUACGAUGAUUGAUAAGUUUGUUGGUAACUACUGCGGCGAAUAGAUACAGAAAAGACACAUAGUAAUAAGAACAGAAAAAUAUAUUUCGACACACACACACAGACACAUAUUAGGUACAUUUGAACAAAAACAAUACAGCAAAUCGAUAGUUGCUAUUCACAGUUGUAAACGUAAAAGAUUAGUUAACGAGAUGUUUUUGGGUGUAACACACACGUCUGUUUAGAAAAUGACUUCAGCUUUCACUGGAGUUUUGCUAAGGCCUGAUUGGUCCCUGUUGUGGUGUUUGUCCAUAAAAGCUGCUCCCUAUCUCCUCAUUAUUGGUGGUAAAAUCUAAACAAGUAAGAGGAAAACGGAAGGCUGCAAAAAACUGUAUAGUGCGCAAAUAAAUCUACUAUCUAAUAAUGUAAAGGUAUGAGUAGCCAAAACAACAGACGUAGUGUCGUACAAGGACGGUGAGCAAACUAGGUCGUCGCAGGACUAAUAUUAUAUAGACGGAUAAUAACGAUUGAAAACAAAAGGCGAAGAUGAUGAAAAUAUAAUAAUAAUAUAUAUAUAUAUAUAUAUAUAUAUAUAUAUAUAUAUAUAUAUAUAUAUAUGUAACGUAAUUACAAUUAUGAUUUCUUAAGACGGGUGGGUCGAUGCGGAAGGGCCGCAAGAGAUUAUAUCGUGGGUUAUCUCAGAUAUAUAUAUGUGAAACAAGUCAGGGCUCGCAGGUGUGUGUAUAUACAGAUAUUACGCUGACUGAAGAUUACGGUGGUCAAGAUAUAGGCGCCGGUCAUGAAAGUGAUAAUGAUGGCGCUGCUUACGAUAGUGAAAAUUAAUAGCAGACGAGAAGAGCACACAGAAGCAGACGAGAAUACGAGCAGAAAGAUAUAUCCUAGAUGGACUUCAGACAUGGGUUCAAUAAAAGUAGGUGACAUCAAUUAACUGGCCCCAGGAAACUUUUGGUCCAUUUUAAAAGACAGACAAGUAACAACAUAAACAUCGUUGAAAAAUGCCACCUAGCACACAUGAAUAUUCGACAGCGAGAAAACUACGACAGCUGAACGGAAAACUAAAAGUUAUGACUGAAGCUAAACGUAAUGUUAAUGAAGUAAUCAAUAACCACUAAAAAACUUUUUCAAGUCUUACCGUGAUGACGAAAUUUCAUUCAAUUCUGGGAAACGGGAUAGGGCAGAAGCUGACAGUGUUAAAAGCUACUACAACAAAUUAUUGACCCGUUGUUCAUGGUGGUAGUGGCAUAGUGCGGGCAUAACAAUGAUGAGGUUUCUAUUGAAAGGGAGAAACGUGUAUGACGUUGAGGAUUUCGAAUGUCACCGUAACGAACAGACAAUAUAAAAACAAAAUAAGAACGAUAAAUAACAUAAAUAUGCACGAAAACAAAGGAAAAAAUGGAAAAGAACGAAAUCAGGUCAUACUAGGAAAAGGAAAGAUUGAGAGAAUAUAUGAUGAUUGCUUAUUACAAUUACCCAAUAAAACUAUUGAUAUUAUUAA